GCGUGUCGAUUGGACACUGCAGUCGGACGGGGCGGGAGAGCAGCCAUGGCGUGGUUACUUGGGCCGUGCUGAGUUAACCUUGCUUCUUUCUGUCGCAUUCAGGAAGGGGCGGCCGUCGGUGCCGCUGUCACGGCGAUGAUGAAGAGCGCGCUAGCCAGCCCCGUGGCCGCCGCCACAACUAUGCAGGAGAGUUUCGGCUGCGCCGUCGCCAACCGUUUCCACCAGCUGCUCGACGAUGAAUCCGACCCUUUCGACAUCCUCCGCGAAGCUGAGCGGCGCAAACAGCAAAGCAAGAAGCGCGAAGAACCGGUCGUCUCAGCCGGCAGGAAGCCCGGCCCUGGUGGAGCCGCCGCCGCCGCCAAAAGGGAAUCCCAGAAGGAGCGUAAAGGCUCCUCCUUUCUGCAGCCGGAGAGCCCCCCAGCGCCCGGGCAGAAGCGAGCUCCAAAAAGGGGAGAACAGCAAGGAUGGAAUGAAAACAGAGGCACAGAGGUAAAGCAAGAUAAAGCUGAAUGGAGACCUUCUUUCAGGGAGUACUGUCCUCACGAAACUGAAAGACAAGCAGAAUUGACUCUAGAAAGACCAACAGACCGAUUUGAUCUGGAAAGACCAAUGAGAGGUCGUGGGGGAGGAAGAGGUGGAAUGCGAGGCAGAGGAAGAGGUGGUGGAAUGAACAGGACUUUCAAUGGCUUUGAUCAAAGAGGGAAGCGGGAAUUUGACCGACAGAGUGGUAGUGACAAAACAGGAAUCCGAGGAGAAGACAAAAGGGGUGGAAGUGGACCUCGCAACUGGGGAGCAGUUAAGGAUGAUCUGAGUGAGCUGGAACAGACUGCUCCUAUGGAAGAAACUGCAGAGACAGAAGAAAAUCCAGGAGUACCAGAAGGAGAAUCUCCAACCAAAAUUGCUGAAGGAGAGCCAGUGGAAGAAGUAGUUCAAGAGAUGACGUUGGAUGAGUGGAAAAAUCUUCAGGAACAAAAUCGACCAAAGCCUGAAUUCAACAUCCGGAAACCUGAAACUACUGUUCCUUCCAAAGCAGUGGUGAUUCACAAGUCAAAAUAUAGAGAUGAUGUGCUGAAGGAGGAUUUUGAGGAUGAUUCUCACUUUUUCCGGAAAGCAGCAAAUGACAUCACUUCUCAGCUGGACAUUAACUUUGGAAAUCUGCCUCGUCCUGGACGUGGAGCCAGAGGAGCACGAGGUGGUCGUGGGCGUGUCCGGAGAGUUGAGGACUCAGGACCCAGGCCGGAAGUGAUGAUGCACGUCACUGCUCCAAACCCUGAUGACCCUGAGGAUUUUCCUGCUUUAGCUUGAAAGAACUGAAUAAUGGCACCUCCAAAGUAGCUGUAAAGAUACCAGUUCUACAUUGCUGUGGAAUAGAAUCAUCCAAGUCUACAGAGAGAUGACUUUUGUGUGUGAAUUUUGCACUUCUAUUGUGUUAAGAGCCUAGACAGCAAGGUCAAGCACUGCUGUUUUGGGAUUAGCUGUGUGAAGGCUUAUGGUAUCAUACGUGAGGGAUCUCAAAUAAAGGUUCAAGAUGAUGGUGUCAAAACAAGUACAGAGGGAUGACUCUUUGUCCAUGGUGUCACAGGUGUAAGCUAUAAAAGAUUGUUUUGGGGACUUGAUAGCAAAAAUCCAUAGCUACUUGACAGCUGCUUCCUGACUUCACUGAGUGAAAUGUUACCUUUGUAUAUGCAAUUCUGAGAGGUUGGCAAAUAAACAAAACCUGCUCAUUG